GAGCCACGCGAGUGGCCGCGCGACACACGCGACCGCCACGGUAACACCGAAGAUAAUCGGCGCUUAAGGGCCAACUUGAUCGCCCGAUUUGGAAUACCGCGAGUGAAUGUUUCGCCGGUUGAAAUAAAACAGAAUUGAAUAUGCAAUCGCUCAACAAUAUGUGUUCAAAUAAAAAACGCAACCCAGCGAAAAACGAGUGCUUUCUCGUGCUUUUUGCCACGGUCUUUCUCUCCUGCGGUUUAUGCCAAAAUAUAGAGCCCAAAAUAGAGCCGGGCUCUUUCAAAGCUGAAGAAAUAAUCGAGAAAAAAGCGGAACUCCAAGACGGGAUUCGAGGUGGUGAGAAUUUGGAGCAACGAUUCGACUACAACAGAUGGGACGGUUCUCGAGAUAUUGGUAAGAGCCUCAACGACGAUGUCAACUUAGCCGUUCCUUCGCUAACGGAGAGUGGAAACUUGAAAGCGAAAACCGAAGCUCCGGUGAUUCGUGAUAUCGUACUCGACGACAAGCACGAGGCGUCGUCAGAGUUUGAAAAUCGACCCGACGAAUCGACGACGCAGGCGAGCCGCACCACCGUUCGUACUCGGUGCAAAACAAAAAAUCGUCGUCGCGGUUUGUGCACCUCUGGCGAACGAAGUUAUAAAAACCUUCGUCGACGUUACCCGAAUUUCGGACGUGGUUUUACGGUGGAUGACUGGCAUGUACCGCUGAGUAAUCGAAUUCGUGGUGGGCCUGUCCGUUCGAGAAGAUUUCGAUGGAGAGAACAAGGGAAACCAAGAUCGCGGAAAAAUAACACUGCCGAGGCUAAUAUAAGCCCGGAGGCACCAGCGGCUCUCCGGGAAGCCACGAGCGAGCAGAAACAAGGCCUGAAAAAGCAGACAACGAAAGGAUUAAUAACGGCAGAAAGUUUAUCGAACAAGACAAUCGAACGCGUUGAGGAAACGACGAAAAAUGGCUCGAGCGAGAAAAUCCUCGGCUCGGUGAGAAGCAUCGAUGCUGAUAACACGAUACUACCAGACGUAACAUCAAAACCGGACGGGAUGAAAGAACGUCGGGAGGAAAAUGAAGACAACGGAUAUACGAGGAGCCUGGAAAAUCCGGAAAUGUUACGAAGACGUCACGAAGAGAACGUCGAGCACGAAUUCUCAAGAAAUUUGGAAAAAGAGAUUCUGUGGUCGCGAACCGAGUUCCCAGACGCUUCGGAAGAAUCGCCCGAGGCCGUGGGAGGCAAAACGAAUUCGUUCUCGACUAUCAAGCCUCCAGGAGCAAAGCCGACUUUCGUCGAUUCUUUCGAGGCGAUAAAAAAUUCGAGAUACGACGCCGCAAAAAUGCUGGGCUACUCCCGAUCGGCUGAGGACAUGCCAAUCGUGGACCUCGAGAAUGAAGUUUUAGCCAGGACAUUCGAGGAUUACAAGGCUUAUUUGAAAAGCGGCGGAAAAACUAAUAAAUUCCUGCGUCACUCCUCCGACGGGGACGUCAACGCGGGAGACAAUGCUCGAGAUGAAACAUCACGUCCCAUUGCUCGUCCACUCUACAGACACGAAGUUACCGAAGAAAAUGGUGACCAGCGGAAAUUGCAACAGCAGAGGGAACAUCAUGAACUGGAACUUUCCGAAGAACUCGGGGACACUGAACCCGGCGCAACACUUAAGGGAGACCUCACGUGCAUAAACGGAACUUUCAUUCCUGCCCCGUUAGCACGUCACGCGCUUAUCAAAUAUGUCAAGUCAUCGAUACCGGGCCACGAAUAUUUGGAAGCUGACUACGAGUGCACUCCUGGAUUUUAUAUGGCUUCCUCGAACAGUCGUUUACUGUGUAAAAAUCGUCGUUGGAUUGGCGCGUUACCGAACUGCAAAAUCAGACGUGGUCAGUCUGGUCCAUGUGCAGACUCCUCGUGCGAUCACGUCUGCAACGAGGUCGACGGUCAAGCCAAGUGUUCUUGUUACAAGGGUUUCCGUCUGGACGGUCACAAGUGCUACGACAUAAACGAGUGCGAAAGCCAGAACGGUGGCUGUGAGUACAACUGCGUCAAUACGCCAGGCUCGUACAGAUGUGAAUGUCCUCAGGGUAUGAAGCGAGGCGAGAACAAAUUUACUUGCAUAGACGUCAACGAGUGUCUGUUGAACAACGGGCAUGGACCGUGCCAGGAUACGUGUCAUAAUCACGAGGGUAGCUACACUUGCUCGUGCGAAGGACUCACCGGCACCGUUCUAUCGUCAGAUAAUCAUACGUGUCAGGAUGCUGGACUUUGCACGAUCAACAAUGCUGGUUGUUCGCACACCUGUCUCUCAACAAUGGGCCGAGUCUUUUGCCUCUGUCCAGACGGAUUUAUGCUCAUCGACGACUGGAAAACCUGCCAAGACGUUGACGAGUGUUACGUACCCGAUCUGCAAACGGAAAUUUGUCACUACGGAUGCAUCAAUACGCCCGGAUCUUAUCGCUGCGUCGACCCCACCGAACUCAGCGAUCAACCUAUUCAAGAUUCAAUUUCAAUCACUUGUUUUCCCGGUUACGAGCUUACAACUGGAUCCAAUUGCAUCGACAUAAACGAAUGCGCCAUAAACAACGGCGGAUGCAGUGAAGUUUGUGAAAAUACGGAAGGAAGUUACUUCUGUGCUUGUGACGGUGACGAGAAAGCAUUGUCUACAGACGGAAAGUCUUGCACCGACAUAAAUAAUCUCGCUUGCCCACCUCUGGAUCCUGCGAGACGAGGAUUUCUAAUGUGCUCGCGGGAAACCACACCACGAAUGUGGAGUGACGUUAGAAGAGAAACGAACCGACCUGGCACUAAGUGCUAUCUGAAAUGUCCUGUGGGAUAUCAAUUGCAUGGAGAGUAUGAACUCACCUGCCAAGGCGAUGGUACCUGGGACGGCCCGAAACACGGAGAAUGCGUCAAAUACAGUAAACCAACGCUGGAGUGUCCAAAGGACGUAGUGGCUGAAGUCCCACCGGAUCGGGAUGAGGCUUUCGUGACAUUUGAUCAACCCUCGACGGAUCUUGAUUGGUUUCGUUACGUUCGCUCGAAACCCUCAUGGGGCACGAGGCUUGAGGCUAGCCUCAAACCAGGACUUCACCUUGUCACCUUUUUUGCAAGACAUCCAGUAUCGAAAAAACAAGCUAGCUGCGUUCUCCGCAUCAUCGUCAAAGAGGGUGAAGCUCCCAAAGUGAAUAAUUGUCCGAGCGACAUCGUAGGUAGAAACGGUACAUUUUUCACAUGGACAGAACCAACGUUCACCGACAACGUGAGGGUUACGCACACCAGCAAUAACGAGAGUCCGGGAAAAUCUUUUGGGACCGGUGAGUGGAAGAUCGUGUACGAGGCCAGCGACGAGGCUGGUUGGACGACAAGGUGCGUUUUCAGUGUAGUAGUCCAUCAGAAUUAAUUCGAGCGCGCGGAGCUGUGUGGCGAGAGAAAAGACGAAAAGGGAGGAACAAAAAAUAUAAGAAACGAGGAGCAUUGCAGCCCGUACGGAGCACAAAAACAUCCCCUUGGUUCACGAACGUGAGGAGGGCGAGUAAGCUAUCGGAGGGCCAAAGAGGGGCGAGAGGUUGUGGUAAUAUAAAUGGAAAUUGCAUGGGACCCGUGCGCAAGGUUUUCAUCGAAAGAACGCGUGCACCGAGGACGCGGCUUUUGCGUAAUGCUUUUUCCUUCGUUUGAAUCCGCAUUUCCUGGAUAAAUUUGAAAAAUAAACAAUAUUAGAAAAAACUCGUCUAUUAAAACGAAUGAAAAGAAUUCAAUAUUGAAGACUAUUUAUACGUUUUCACGAAUCCUCGUACUAUUUUUGCCUUGUCACUAGCUUCCAAUUCAUUUCUCAAGGCAGCUUAAAUUUCAAUCAUUUUCAUUCUUUUUUCUAGAAAAAAAAAACCUUCCAUAAAUUAGUAAUCAUCAACAAAUUUCAUGAUUUUCAUUCGAAAGACGAUUCAAUAUUAGUUUUAAAAAUUGUAAAAACUUUGGAAGCGAUUUUGAUCGAUUGGUUGUUCGAUUUCUUCACGGGAGAGAUUAGAAUAAAAACUGGAGUAAGAGCCUAAAUAUUUGUCAACAACAGAGCAAUCUCCUCGUACGUAAGCUUCCAGAAAUGGGAGUAUCGUGUUCGCUGAUUUAAUUUUAUUAUUCAAAUUCGUAUUGUGGCUUUCCUCAUAACUGGGCUGAGCCACCACUUUUUUCCUCUCGACAAAAAGGAUUAAUUUAAUCUCGAAGAAUUGUAUUUGUCCGAGCGAAAAUACGGGACGAUAUGAAUCAGCGCCAUUAAAUUUCGCAUAUACAUACAUAUUAACGAGUUUCCUGAAAGCUGGGACAGGAAUAUUACGAAAUUCACAACAGCAAGCCCGUGCAUGGUCGAGCAGCGGAGAAUUCAGUCGAAAAAUAAAUCAACCGCGAACGAUAUGGUGCACUGAAUUAAUGAGGACACCAGCAAAUUUCCGCGUGCCAACAGAAUCUUUAUAAUCGAGUGUACGGAGUACGCAAAUGUUACAAAAUAUACGCGAUCGUGUAACGUCCUUUCGUUACUCUCAACACAUAUAAGCUGACCAGAGGAGUCCGAUUUAUUAUAAACAUCCAUUCCGAAUAGCCCCAAUUUUAAUGAGGAGGCGGAGUAAAAAAAAAAGAGAAAAAAAAAUUGGGGAUAAU